AUGGAUGCUUCUAACAAGAGGGAUUUCCGGCAUUUUGUCCUUCUGCAGCACGGCGUCUUGGGGACGCCCGCCGAUGUUGACGCACUUAUAUGCCACCUCUUCCACGAGAAUGAGAGGCGCGGCCGGGGAUGUCGCGCAGAGCUCUCAAGUAACACAACAAAAGUUCUUGCCUUGCCCCUCGACGUGACGCGCACCACCAACAAGCAUGGUGGUUGCAUCUUUACCAAGGGAAACCUUGUCUGUUUUGCUCCUGGGAGUAACAAAUUUUUAGGUACCAACCGGUCUACGUGUAGCUGUGCCAAGCGAGUGCUCAGGGAGUUCCUGCCAGUCUUCAGUGAGUGGCUGGACGCUGCGCGACGUGCAGAUGAUAGUCUGCUGUGUUUUUCCUGCGUCGGACACUCGUUUGGUGGCCUCAUCAUGCGGGAAAUGCUGUACCUCCUGCUGACUGCCACGGAAUUGGAAGGGUGGGAGUCAGGGCUCUUCGCUGCGGUGCUGCGCGUGCGUGAGGAACUUGCGGAGCUGAACGUGACGCUGGAAAACUUUGUUACCAUCGCAACGCCGCACUGUGGUGUCUCCGAGUGUCUUCUCACACCUGUGUACUGCGGUGCUUGGGUUCUCGCCAAGACGUGUGCGCCAUCGAUGCAAGAGCUUCUCCUGAUGGACA